CGGAUGGCUGGAUCUCGUCUGGGGUACGCCGAGAGCUUGCUCGUGAACUUCACCUUUGAUCUCCUCUUACCCUCUCCUCCCAACUUUCAAUUGCCUCUCUGAAUCCCAUCGCAUUGCAUCGCGGACCAUCACGCGACAACAUCUAUACCCUCAUCAUUGUCGCGCCACCACCACUUCACUCUCCCCACCCUUUGCGCCAAGCACCGCUUGCGACCAGCUCUCCAACAUCACAAUGGCCGACAAGGAGAUCAAGGAAGGCGACAGCGUCUCGUGGCAAUGGUCUGGCAGCCGUCCAGGUGGCACCGUCGCCGAAGUGAAGGAGCAAGGCAAGGCUGAAAUCACGACCAAGAACGACAACGUCGUCUCCAAGAACGCCGAGCCAGACAACCCAGCUGUUGUCAUUGAGCGCUCCGGCAACAAUGUCGUCAAGAAGGCGUCAGAAGUCGAUGUAGAGAAGCCUGGCGACAAGCACAAGGAGGAUCAGGGCGAGGAGAAGACCGUCACUGAGAAGGAUACCAACGACAAGAAAGAUGAUGAUGACAAGAAGGAGAAUGGCGAAAAGCAGAACGGCGAGAAAGAUGAGAAGAAGGAGAAUGGCGACGCUGAGACUGGCGACAAGCGCAAAGCUGAAGAGUCUGCCGAGGAUAAGAAGGACGAAGAGUCCGCAGAUGCCAAGAAGCAGAAGACUGCCGACGACAAGAAGGAGAACGGCGAGGCAGCGCCGAAGAAGAAGGGACGACCAGCGAAGAACGGCAACUCUGCGCCCAAGAAGGAACCAAAGCCAAAGAAGCGGGCUGCUACCGAAUCUGGCGAACCACGCCGAUCUGGGCGCAACGCCAGCAAGUAAUCGCAAUCCAGCGCAACAAUACAAAAUAAGGACAGGCGCCUGAUAGUGCGCGCGGAUAUCCGACAGGAUUGCAACGUUUGCCUGCGCGAAUUUGAAUAUCGUUUCGGGUGGGGGAUAUGAAUGAAAAGGAAAUGGGAGCAAUCGGUACGUGGAGGGAAUUUUUGUCACGAGCUUGAUUUAGGGAUACGAAAGCGGCGAGGAAAGUAUUGUCAUUAUUGGUUUUGCGAAUGAGCCAGAGCCGCGUAGAUCGGAACAAGAAGAGUCAGAAGGAGGAUGCUUGCUGCUGACUUAUUCUCGCUCCUUGGUUCGAUUGCGCGUGAUUGUGUGUAUAGUAUCGAACGACAAUACGAAUCAAAAUACAAAAUGCAAGUCAAAAUCAUAUUCUCCCACGA